AAACAAACUUAACCCAAAAGUCGAUCAGCAAGACGCGAGGUCGUACGCAGGGCAAGGCGUCGACUGUCACUUCUUGCCCGAACUUUGGGAGGGUUGUGUUGUGGGCGGGCUUCAGCCUGACGUUUAGUCAUUUGUUUUCGCGUAUCGUUCGGCAGGCGCGUCUCGUUCGAGAUGGUGUCCCCCACGACUGUGAUCAAGAGUGUUGGACCGAAGCUUGUGCCGUUCUUCAAGACAGCGGCCGUCUAUUUUGUACUCUUUAUUCCGGAAGACCGGCCGUCAUGGCUGGCGCUGGUGAUCAAGUGUCUGCCCAUCCUCUCCCUGCUGGUGUUCGUGCUUCUCCACGGCAUGAGCCUUGGCGAUGAGUACUCCUACGCCCGCCGCAUCAUGCUGGGCCUGAGCUUCUGCAUGCUGGGCGACGCGCUGCUCGUCUUCCCCGGCUACUUCCUGGAGGGCAUGGCCGCCUUCGCAGUCGGUCACGUGUUCUACGUCGCCGCGUUCGGCUUCAAGCCGCUGAACCCAUCGGCCGGGGCCGUGCUGUACGGCGCCGGUGCGGCAGGGCUGUACCUGCUCAUGCCGGGGGCCGACGGCGUGUUCGUGGUGGGCCUGCCGUUGUACGCGCUGGCACUCAUCACCAUGGUGUGGCGCGCCAUCGCCCGCGUCCAGCUGCUCGAGGACUUUUGGACCUGGACCAAGCUCUGCUCCUGCAUCGGGGGCAUCUGCUUCGUGAUCUCGGACACCUUGAUCGGCUUCCAUGUCUUCUACGGCGCCCCAUACAUCCAGGCGGCCGUCAUGGUACUCUACUACGCCGCCCAGAUGGGUAUAGCCCUCAGCGUGGUGGACUCGAAGGCGUCUUACCUGGACGCGCGGCGUCGUCAACGCGAGCUUCUGACCUCGGCCGCCGCCGGCGUGGCGCAGUAGACUGCUGACGCUCACGUCGCUAGCGCUGCGCUGUGGCCGAGCGCGCAGGCUCAAGUUCAAAGCUUGGCCGUAGUGAGCUGUCGUCGUGACAGCGAUGUCUGACGAUGUGCCCCCGCCUGGUCGGAUAGUGUGCCUGAUGUUUUAUGGGACGGGUUGUGGUAAGCCGUGAUUCGCUUUCGAAGUGAUCGCCCCGUUUUGUGGCUGCUGCCUGGAAGCUUGCAGAUUACUACCAGCUUGAAUCUGUCAUGACUCGGCAGAAGCGUAUAGCUUUUUGGAACAUACCCUGUUUUGGGCCUUCUGGCUUAUGAUUUAAGGCGACUGAAGACAUCUUUAAGGUUUCACAUGCUAUUGAAGUAAUCCUAAUCUCAAAUGUUGGCCAUCUGAUAUUAUUUGGAACAUGGGACAUCUCACAGGCUGAUGUCAUGCAAAUUGUGAUCAUGGAUGUUAGCCAGCUGAUAUUAUUUGAAGUGUGUCGCUUAAAGAUUUCUGUUGUAUUUCGAGGGAGAAAAGAUGUCACAUGAAGUGAAUCCGGUGAGUCAGAUUUUGUGAUUAAGCUAAGGAACUGUUACCCGGGCGGGUAGCGGCCGCCUGAAAAGUGCACAUAUGAGCAUAGUUGCAUUUGAAGGUACAACGGAGCCCACUAAACCUCAAAGUGCUAUGUGCAAUCUGACUCAGUAGGUCGGUGUGCACUCGUGUGGCGACUGAUGGCACGGAUGGGAAAUUCUAGGGAAUGUCUCAGUGCCGAUCCAGCUUGCCUCUGAGUGUCACAUGAGGGUCCGACCCCAUCCGAAGUUGGGUAUGUGGCGUAGGUGGGGUCUGCUGCCACCUCCUGGCUCGGCCUGCCUCCCAUCCGCUGGCCACCGGCGCUGCUCGGUGGUGAGGCCUAGCUCAGCACUCUGAGGUCACGGCGGCUUGAGUGCCCGAUCUUAUCCGGGGUGCGCUCCGUGGUCACCUGCCAUGGCCGACCGGGUCCUCUCGUCAGCUGCUAUCGCGUCUGCCGUACGAGUGCCCUCGUGUCUGCAGCGCUGCUGCCUCCUCACAGGAGUUGAGAGUGAGAGGAUCAGUUGUUGGUCACUCCGCCUUGCAGUUCCCGUGUCGGUUUUGGCGUACGUCGCCACUUGAUUCGUCUGCAGUUCUAGGGUAGCGGUGUUGUGGGUGUAGUCUAGAGGGUUGGAGCAGCUACCGAGGCUCGUAGAUUGUACGUAGCAUUGCUUCCACGCGCACUCUUCCCAUGCGUUUCCGCCGAUGACCAGGGAGCCAUAUUGGGUUGUUCAUUUGCAAUAUUCGCCCUCACCUUAUCCCGAGUGGUGAACUGAGCUUCUGUUUAGCUAUGGUGUCGUCCGAUUCGUGAUUAGGCGCGAUCUGUGUAAUAUAACGAUGUAUCGUUUCCUCCAAGCAUCCUGCGUGGUGUAGGUCCGAUGGUCACCCGUGCGGACCAAAGGCGUGUUGACGGGGCGUAAGUCAAGCUCCCCGCAUCAAAUUCCGAUGCUCAAACAGCCGUCGCGUUGCGACCAGAUCUUGCUUGCAUCGAGAUGGAACGAAAUCCGAUCCACGGCGAGGAGUUUGCCGGAGGGAGGUGUUUGUCUCCGGCUUGCCCACAGGCUCACGAGAGCCGAGGGCCCCACGAGUGUCGAUCGAACGGGGAGAGUUGCGUUCGCGGCAGGGAGGGCAGGGUUAGCUUAUAGUGGGGUGGUGAAGGAGAGGGUGGGUUCGGCGCAGGGAGCACAUGGCCCAGGUUGGAAUGACGAGGGAGUGGGGGACGGAGGAAGGGCUCGUCUGGUCGCAACUCAGGAUGCCGACGUGUGGUCUCGUCUUAAUGCAGCGCUGUGUUGAUCGUGUCACACCAUUGUACAUUGUCGUCGCGUGCUGUCGUGGGUCAGGGGCAGCCAAUGCCGGAUGGUCGACGGACCGCACGCUGUCAGCGAGAACACGUCAUCACUGAGCCUACGCCAAAUAUACCAUGUGAAUCAUA